CAAAUAAUGAAAUAUCUUUCUUCUCUUUUGUGGUGAGUUUAAUCCAUUCCAAGAUAAAAGUCUAAUUGCCAUUAUCAGCAAUCGGAAACUUUUGAAGCACCAGCCGCAAAUCAUAUCUUUCUUUGGGCCUUGCUCCUCCCACUGUUUCCAUCUUGGUAAUAGCAGAUUGAGCCUGUUGAGCCUUUUCUUCUUGUUCCUUGCGUUUAACAGCCACUCUUGUCAUCCUUGGCUCUUUUGGAAUCUCUGAUCCCAUCUUAGACACAUCCAACGCUUGUAAAAAGUCUUCUUCCAUUACUAUCACUUCUUUUUCUUUAAUUUCGCCUUCCUUUCUCCUACCAUCCAGAGAUGGUGGACUUCCAGCUUUGAGCACAUAAGCAUAAAACUCUUGUGCUUUACUGACUGUAUUAAGACGAUGUGUUUUCCCUUCAUAGUAAACUAUUAUACCAGUUGGGAUGCCCCAUCUAUACUCAAUCUGACGUUUUUUAAGUUCGUUCACCAAAAAAGCGAACUCCUUCCUACCUCUCAACAUUUUUGGGGGAAUUUCCUAGGGAUGAUAAAGCUUUAAUUUGACCCCAAAUUACUCGAUGUUGCUGAGGAACCUUCCUCCUGUCCUUCAUUGGAUUGGGCUGCAGAUGAAGAUGUUGAUUGAAAUUUGGAAUUGGAUCCCUCAGACCUCUAUGCCAUUUUUCCAUGAUAGGGUUUUACCAGCCGUCCAGGGACUCACAAAGGAUCUGUAGGUGUAAGCACAGCGGCAUAUCCUCGUCCCCAUGUUAUUAAAGGAAUGGGACCUUUCCAAUUAAGGUCACGCAAUUGUUUAUAAAUUACUAUUGGUUUUUCUACAUCUACUGAUGUACCAAAAUGUCUUUCAAGAGCAGAAGUCAAAUUUGAAGAAAGAUUUAAAUGAGUUAAUGUGAAUAAGGUCAAAUUAAUUUGUUCCUGUAUCAAUGCCAAAUUAGGAGGGCUACUAUGUCCUCCUUUUUUAUUUGUUUGUUUAGCAAGGGCAGUUUUAAAUGUUCGAUUAGCUCGUUCAACAAUUGCUUGUCCUUGGGAAUUAUAAGGAAUACCAAAUUUAUGAAUGAUGUCCCAUUUGGUACAAAAAACAUAAACUCCUUACUGCAAUAAGCAGGCCCAUUGUCAGUUUUUAUAACUUGAGGUUUACCCAUUAUUGCAAAAGUUUGAAUACAAUGAUUAAUGACAUGUUUUGUCUGCUCCCCUCUUUGUGGUUUAACAAAAAUAUAUGCCGAAAAAGUAUCUACAGUAACAUGCAAAUAUUUCCAAGGGGAAAAGGCCGAAUAGUGUGUGACAUCCAUUUGCCAGAUUUCAUUGGCAUGAAGACCUCGGGGGUUAACCCCCAUUGAUGGAUUAGCAGUUUGUUGUGCACAAUCCAUACAUUGCUGAAUGAUAGCUUUAGCUUCCUACAUUGUUAUUUUAAAUUGUUUAACAAGAGCUUUUGCAUUUUGAUGAUGAUAUGAAUGACUUUCCCAUGGAGAAGUAAAGAAUAAAUGCAUAUCAGAUGCAACUGCAUCCGCUAUAGCAUUUCCUUCUGAAAGAACACCAGGAAAUGGCUGAUGACUACGCAUGUGCCCUAUGUAAAUUUCAUCUUUACGAUUCUCAAGUGCCAUGUUAAGAGUAAGAAAUAAAGAUAAUAAAUUUUCUUCUAUCCCUGGUGAAAGAUAUGUUCCAGGAAUAUUUUUUACUACAUUUGUCACAUAUAAACUCUGAUAUAAUGUUAAGAGGUUGUGUGGAAAAUAACUGAAGAGCCAAAAUCACUGCGGCUAGUUCUGCCCUUUGAGCUGAUGUUUGUGGAGGGGUAAUUUCUGUGUUCCAUAGUCCUUUUUCUUUCCAUGCAACUGCACCCCACUUUUUCCCUCCAUCUGUAAAGACUGUUAAAGCAAACACGAGAGGUAAGGCAGAAAUAAUAGAGUGCAUUGAAAUAUGCUGCUGAUUUAGCAGAGUUAACCUUGGAUUUGGAGGGACAUGAUAGGUUAUUUUCCCAACAUAAUCAGUUAAUGCCAUUUGUACAUCUUGUGAAUUGCUCACCCAACAUUCCCAUUCCUUAGAUGCCAUAGGGACAAUAAUGUGAUCCAAAUCUAACCCUAAAAGGGGAAUACUUUGAUGGCAUCCUUUGACUAUCAAGGAUGAAAAUAAUGAGGCCAAUUUAUUAAUUGUUUUGGAUUGUGUAUGGCCCAAAUGCUACCAUUCUAUUAAUAACAAUUUUUUGCCACCUACUUGCGCUUUAAAAUGUUUAGGUUUACCACAAUUAAAACAAUUCCCUGUAGGUUUGCCAAACUUCCCCUUUUGAAGGGCGUUGGCUAAAGCAUUCAUGUUCCAUGCAUUUAUGCCAACUUCUGCACAAGCUUUUAACAUGUCUUCCAAAGUAUAAUCAGGUCUUGAAAUUACACUUUGAAGUGCCUUUUUACAAUCUGCAUUACAAUUUUCAAAAGCCAAUCUACGCAACAAUUCUUGUGCUGCAUCAGGAUUAUCAAUUUGUCUUUUAAUAGCUUCUUGGAGACGAUAAAAUAAAAUCAGAAUAAGUCUCUGCUGGUCCUUGUUUAAUACUGGAAAAUGAUUUUGUAGGUUUUCCAGAUUGCAGUACUUUGCUAAAAGCAUUAAUUAUACAUCUGCCAAUUACGAGAUAGGCAGCUGCGGGACUGUCCCCUGCUUGUUGUUGAUUUGUGGCAAAUUGACCUGCACCAUACAACUGAUCAGGUAUAUACAAUCUCCCAGAAUUAUUUCCUGCAGCAAUAGCAUUUCUUUGAGCAGCAUUUCUCUGAAUCCCACACAACAUAUUGAGCUGGACUUAACAGUAUCCUCAUCAUAUCCUUCCAAUCUUGGGGAGCCAUAUGAUAUCCAGACGCAAUCCCUUCCACCAAACCUUUGGUAAAAGACGAUUGCAGCCCAGUUUCCCGAAUACUUUUCCGAAUUUCCCUAAGAAUUGAAAAAGGUAAUGGUUGCCAUUCAUAUUGAAUAUUUCCUUGCUGAUCUUGUUGUUCUGUAAUAGGGAAUGCCUGCAAACAAUCUGAAAGUUCCUCAGGGGUUAUAUCACCUUUUUCUUGAGCUGUCUUAAAUCCUUCUCUUACCAUGCCUUUACAUUGCAAAUUUUGCUCAGUACUUAAAGAAUUUGAUACAUUUGCAGAAGAUGGGGUUUGUUUAGGAACACUUUGCAAAACAGUUGACUGAGGCUUAGGUAAGGCUAUUUGAACAGAAGGAUUAUUAACAUAUAGCGAAGGGGCUGAUGCCAGAGAAAUAUAAAGUUGUUCCCCAUCUGGAUGACCACUAGUUUCUAAACUUUCUUUAAUUGUUUUCCAUAAGAGCAAAUGAUGUUCAGCUGCUCUAGGUUCUUCAUGUAAAGACUUUCCUAUUCUUAUCCAAUCAUUAAGUUUUAAAGAUCCAUUUUCAGGAUACCAUGGACAAGUUUUCCAUACUUCUGACAACAGGCUUUCUAUAGCUGAAAGACUUGCAGAACAGGAUCUACCUCCUGUUUUAAAAAACGUAUUCCUAAGAAUAAAUCUCAACUCCUUUGCAUGAGCCUUCUGCAUUGUUGAGAGUUCCCCUCCCAUACUCACGAAAAUUGAGUUGCCUUUGUCCUGCAAAGUCCAACUGAGGUGCACCAAACCUAUUCCAGGUGAUGAGCAGAGAGGUACUUCGGAAUCACGUCGGGGUCAUCACUUGUGGUGGUCUCUCAUGAUGUAAGACAGUGAUUCCCAAACUGUGAGCCGCGGCUCCCCAGGGAGCCGCGCUAUCGUCAUGGGGGCGCCGCGGAAUAUCUGCGCCCGCUGGGUCCGGCGCUGAUGCGCCAUUUCUGGGGCGUCUGGUGCGCAUGCGCAGUUGCAGGUCGGAUUUCCGGGGAGCCGCGGGCACGUCUGGUGCGCAUGCGCAGUUGCAGGUCGGAUUUCCGGGGGAGCCGCGGGCGAAAAAGAUUGGGAACCUCUGAUGUAAGAGUCAAACACGCAUUCUUCCUCGGGAUGAGAGCCCAGAGUCAAAUCCAAAGCUCCCUUUUAUUAUAAUUCAUGCAAGGGGAUACAUACUUGUAACAUCAUGAUAGAUCAGUGAAGAUGCAUGCUUAUACAGUGAAACAAUAUAUGAUUGGCUGAGGUGCUGCCUAUUCAGUGUGCUCUAAGCUGAGAUAGAUACCUAAAAUGAUUUUUCUGUUUUCAUCUGCUGAUAACAGUGUGUGUCAGGUUGCUCCCAAGAGCAGAGAUUCCCUGGGAAUGAGUCAGAGGCAGGAGACUAAAGUUCACAUGGUUCAGCUGCUAGUGGUCUGCCAACUAGUGGUCUGCCAACUAAACAACUUGCACGUAUACUCUCUACACUUCACCUUACUUUCACCCUCAGAUUACCAAAAUUCCCAGCAUAUUUGGACAAUAUCAGAUUGAGCAGACUAUUGUAGUAGCAGAUUGCAUCCACUAUUUUAGAAAUAUAUUCAUCUUAGCAAGAAUAAUGACAUUUGGAUGUAUCUCAGUAUGGUAUUUUUCAAAAUGGAUUGCAGGUCCAGGAUUGUAUACAUUGAGAAAAAUUGUGGCCUUUUCAACAAAAAGUGAGAAUUGCUGCUAUAGCCAUUAUCCAUUGAUGAGAGAUUGUCUUCAACUUCCAUUACUGCCUUCUAGCAAGGAAUCCUGUUAUUUUUUCCCAGGUCUUGCCCCCUUCCCCUUUUGAUAUAGUUUUAAGUCCUCUUCUAAAGACAACAUGUCCCCUUCACUCUUGCAGAAGGAAUGUCAGAACUGGAAAAAACUUUCCUUAGAUUUUCUGCAUAUGGAAACACAGCUACUCACCGGAACACCAUGUCUAUGAAGAACUUCUACAAGAUGUUGAAGGAAUGUGGUGUGAUGGAUGGGAAAGUCGUGACCAGCACUGAUGUGCUCAUUGCCUUCAAUGAAGUCAAAGGGAUGUCAGAGCUGGAAAAAGCCUUCCGCAAAUUUGCUGUGUAUGGAGACACAGCUGCCACAGGCAAUGACAUGACAGGCAAGAACUUCUCCAAGAUGUUGAAGGAAUGUGGUGUAAUGGAUGGCAAAGCAGUGACCAGCACUGAUGUGGACAUUGUCUUCAAUAAAGUCAAGACCAAGACCGCUCGCAACAUCACAUAUCCAGAAUUCCAAGAAGCAAUAAAAGAGCUGAGUGCUAAACGCUUCAAAGGAAAGUCCGCAGAGGAGGCUUUGCAGGCCACUCACCAGUUGAUGGAGGGCAAGGAACCAGGCAACGUAGGAGCGACGAAAGCUGUUGCAGCUGGUGCAGUAGACAGACUGACGGACACCAGCAAAUACACGGGUUCUCACAAGGAACGCUUUGACGAAAGUGGCAAAGGCAAAGGGAUAGCUGGGCGUGCAGAAAUAACGGACCACAGCGGCUACGUUGGGGCUUAUAAGGGAAGUGGGACUUAUGAUAAGACCCACUAAAUGAGGAAUGGGGCCUCCUGAAAACCUUGCCUGUCCUCCUUGGCCUUGGAAUGACAUGUCAAUAAACACCUGCUCUUAAAUUAUUGUGUUUAGUGUUUGUGAGACUAUAAGUGAUUGGUAUCUAAAUGAGGAAAGGGUUAGAAUUGUUCCCUUGUUUUGGAAGAUCC